GUCUUGAGUGACGGAGACACACUCAGAUUAUAUCAGUGUAGUCAAAGCAGUUGCUCUGACAGCUAACAGACAAAAAACCCACGUGUUUAGUUACCAGUGAUUUGUCAAUGGCGUACAGGUAACUCGUCUUAAAGGUGCAGGUGCUCCUCUGUUCCUCAUGGAUGGCUGCAACAACACUGUCUUUUUCCCAGCCCCUAACUAAAGCCUUGACUUUAUCAGCAUGGACGGCAUUGGACAGAAGUACUUCACGCCCAUUGACUUUGUGUUAUUUGCCCUGCUCCUGGUGGCCUCCAUGGCAAUAGGACUGUAUUAUGCCCUCUCUGGAGGACGGCAAAAGACCACACAAGAGUUCCUGUUGGCAGACAGGAGCAUGAGUUGCCUGCCCCUUUCCCUCUCUCUCAUGGCUUCGUUCCAAUCCGCUGUUGCUAUAGUGGGGACACCAGCAGAGAUCUACACCAAUGGCACACAGUACUGGUUCAUUGGCUGCGCUUAUAUCCUGGGGCUCCUGAUACCGGCCUACAUCUUCAUUCCAGUGUUCUACAGACUCCAUCUCACUAGUGCUUAUCAGUAUCUGGAGCUGCGUUUCUCCAAACCAGUCAGAAUAUGUGGGACGAUGACCUUUAUUUUUCAGAUGGUUAUUUAUAUGGGUGUUGGUAUAUAUACUCCAGCUCUCGCAUUGAAUGCAGUUACUGGUUUUCAUUUGUGGGGGACUGUAUUAGCCACUGGACUAGUGUGCACAAUAUACACAGCACUGGGUGGACUGAAAGCUGUCAUCUGGACAGACGUGUUUCAGACCGUGGUGAUGUUUGCAGGUCAGCUUGCUGUCGUCAUAGUGGGUGUGCAGAAGGCUGGUGGCAUUUCUGAAGUUUGGAGGAAAGUCACAGAGGGAGGCUUGAUCUCGGGCAUUGAUCUAAAUCCUGACCCGACUGUGAGACACACCUUCUGGACACUGGCGUUUGGUGGUGUGUUUCUGAUGCUCUCUCUCUAUGGUGUGAACCAGGCACAAGUGCAGAGGUACCUUAGCUCUCGCACAGAGAAAGAGGCUGUAAUGUCAUGCUACAUGGUAUUUCCCUGUCUUCAGGUUGCUUUGGGUCUAAGCUGUUUGAUGGGACUUGUUAUGUUUGCAUGUUAUGGUGGUAACAGCCCUUUAGACAAACAGUAUGUCACAUCUAAAGAUCAGAUGGUCCUAUACUUUGUCAUGGACAUGCUGCAGGACAUUCCUGGACUGCCUGGACUGUUUGUUGCAUGCUUAUUCAGUGCAUCUUUAAGCACAAUAUCCUCAGCUUUCAAUUCCUUGGCCACAGUAACAAUGGAGGAUUUCAUUAAGCCUCAAUAUCCCGCUAUAUCAGAGGCUAGAGCCACCCUACUGUCAAAGAUACUCGCCUUUUCAUAUGGCCUUUUAUGCCUUGCUAUGGCCUAUGCUGUCCAUCUGAUGAACAGUUCUGUUUUGCAGGCAGCUCUCAGUAUCUUUGGGAUGGUAGGAGGACCCUUGCUGGGACUCUUCUGUCUUGGGAUAUUUUUCCCUUCAGCCAAUAGCACUGGUGCUGUAACAGGACUGAUCGCUGGUCUCAUCAUGGCCUUCUGGGUUGGCAUUGGUGGAUUUGUGGCUCAGAUGUCAAGCGUUGCCAUUGAUCAUUCACACAAUGGCACUUAUCCUGUAUCAGCAGAAAACAUGACCUUGACUACAAUGACUUUGAUAUUAACUCCAGGCACUGCUAAAACGAGUAAACCUGUUGGGCUGCAUGGCUUCUAUUCCCUGUCUUACAUGUGGUACAGUGCUCUCAACUCCACUGUUGUGGUUCUUAUUGGACUUCUUGUCAGUCUCAUCACAGGCCCAAUGAAAAGCAGAGACUUAACAGCUGGCACAGUUUAUCCUCUACUAGAUAACAUGCGUUUUUUCCUGCAAAUCCUGCUGAAGCCCAAGCUUUGCUGUGGCUCACUUCCAGAGCACAGGCAAAUUACUACAAAUUGUGAGGAAAUGAAUGGUGUUGCCAAUCCAGAGAAAAAUACUGGAACAGAGGAAGAAAGAGAGACUUUUCUGCCACUAGGCCAAAGAUCUUAUUUAGAGAAGGAAACCUCAGUGUGACACACUAUCAGAAAUGCCAUGUCCGUUAUAAUUAGCAGUGCACUGGACUUUGAUGAAGUUAUAAUAAAUUACAGUGGUGUACAAGUGUUAUAUGAUAAUAUACUUCAUUUGUUUACAAAAUCUGUUUGAGCUGAGCCUAGGAAGAACCCCCCCCCCCUUUCUUUUUUUGAGGGAUGCGAGUAGUUCAUCUAAAAAGCUGCUUACAAUUAGGAACAAUUAGGUGAAUGUUUGUCAAAUUCAGAAACAGUGUGGUUGGUUGCACGAACCAGAUGGGAAGAAAAUCAAUUAAAUAUAUAUUUUUAUAAUUGACUUGUUUGGAAAAUUGGGGCCUGUUCAUAAUUAGCUGGAUUUGAUUGUUGUUGAUUUGAUAAAAAAAUUUUUUGAAGCUGUUGUCAUAUUUGUUUCCAAGUCAGCAAUGCAUAAGCUCAGACAUAUUUGACAUACUCUAAAAACAAGAUUACACAUUUAUUUUAAUGCAUAUGAUAUAUUAGUAAAUAUUUAAUUCGAUUAAUAAAACAAGGGUGUUUUCCUCUUAGAAAACAGUGAUAUCCAAUUUGUAGUUUUGUCUAUGACUAGACAUACACUAUAUGGCCAAAAGAAUGAGGACACCUGAUCAUCAGACCCAUAUGUGGGUCUUUCCCAAACUUUUGCCACAAAAUUGAAAGCACACAAGUGUCUAGAAUGUCUUUUUAUGCUUUGGUAUUGAGGUUUCCCUUCAGUGGAUACCUGGAUACCUGUUCCAGCAUGGCAAAGCCCCUGUGCACAAAGCGAGGUUCAUAAAAGUGGAAGAAUGGGUGGACUGCACAGAGCCCUGAACACCUCACUGAACACCUUUUGGGAUGAACUGGAACACUGAUUACACCUCAGGCCUCCUCACCCAAUAUCAGUACCUGACCUCACUAAUGCUCUUGUAGCUGAAUGAUCACAAAUCCUCACAGCCAUGCUCAAAAAUCUAGUGGAAAGCUUUCCCAGAAGAGUGAAGGUAAUUCUAACAACAAUAGGGGGAUUAAAUCCAGAAUGGAAUGUUCAAAAAGCACAUAUGGGUUUGAUGAUCAGUCAUCCACAUGCCUUUGACCAUAUAGUUUUUGUUUGAGUGGGUAUAUAAGAUAUAUUGCCAUUGCCACCCACAGCCUAAUUGAAGGAGUACUGUUAUAAAUAUGUUGAAUAAACACACACACACAUACACGUGUGUUUUAUGAGUUUAUUCAAAAUGGAUUUCUUUAUAAGUGUAUUUGAAUUAAUUGAAACUGUAAGCACAAUUUAAUUAGUUCAAGAUCUCGAAUUAGCAAACUGAGUACAAAUACCUGACUCCACAUUAGUGUACCAUAGCCACAUUAUUACUAUUGUCCUCUACAGGCUUGGGGUACCAUUUACGAUAGCAAAUCAUUGACUCACUGAUUAUGGUUUUGAGUUUCAAUGUGUCUGUCUCUUCUAGAGAAUACAGGACUGCACAGUUCUCUAAAACAGCUCGAUCUGGCUUAAACAAUAUGCUGCAUCAGGAUAAGUAUAUUUACAAAUAUAUAGCAUUACAUUAACA